AAUUCUUGAAACUGGUUCAAAAUGAGCACCAUUUGGCUAUGUGCGUGUCUCUUACUUAGCUUCAUUUGUCACCUGAACGCCGUCUCAUACGAGGAGUGGGCUCGGUCGCAAUGGCUAGAAUUUAAAGCAAUGCACGGAAAGAAUUACAGCAGUCCGAUAGAAGAGACGCUACGAAAGAAGAUAUUCUUCGAAAACAGAUACAUGAUUGCCCGUCACAACGAAAAGUAUGCCAAGGGGCUGGUGUCUUUCUCUCUCAAGAUGAAUGGCUACGGCGACUUGCUCCAGGACGAAUUCGUGAGCAUGAUGAACGGCGUAAAAUCGGGUUCUCCGGCGUGGGACGAACGCACCAACGGGUCGACAUUUCUUCCGCCCGAACACCAACCGACGCCGCCUCCGAAAGAAGUAGACUGGAGAGCUACCCUCGUGACGGAAGUCAAGGACCAGGGAACGUGCGGAGCUUGCUGGGCCUUCAGCACUACCGGGUCCCUGGAGGGCCAGUACGCGAGGAAGACCGGCAGACUGGUGUCCCUGAGCGAGCAGAACCUGGUGGACUGCUCGGACGAGUUGUACAACAACCACGGCUGCGCGGGAGGCCUUAUGGACCGGGCCUACGUGUACAUCUUCGUCAACGGGGGCAUCGACACCGAGGAGUCCUAUCCGUACGAAAUGAAGCAAGGCAAGUGCCGCUUUCAGAGGAAGGACGUCGGCGCCUCUCUGACCGGCUACGUGAGAAUCGUACCCCGAAACGACGAGAAGCUCCUAGAGAAAGCCGUGGCCUUCCUGGGUCCGGUGUCCGCGGCCGUGUUCGCCAAACUACCCAACUUCCGCUUCUACGCCGAAGGUGUUUACGACGACCAGGGAUGCAGCGAUUUCGAUGUCGACCACGGCGUGCUCAUCGUGGGGUACGGAACAACGGAGAAGGGUCAGAAUUACUGGCUCAUUAAGAACAGCUGGGGCACAAAGUGGGGGGAUCACGGUUACAUGAAGCUUGCGAAGGACGCCAACAACGUGUGUGGAAUCUCCAGCCUGGCCAGCGUCCCGCUUGUGUGACGCACGCAGACGGUCGGCUAUGCCUCCCUGGUGCUUCGGCCGUGUGGAGUGCCAGGAGCAGCCAGAACCUCAAAAAUGAACACGUCCACGACCGUUUCUGAAGGGUCAAUAGCAGCUGAACCCGGAUCGCCGGCUUUUUCACUACGUCCUCUGGAUGUCGCUUUUGCUGGUUGUACGUGUUGUGUUGUAACUAGUAAAUAAUAAAUAACACGAUCGGACCGAUGCAGUACCAUAAA